AUGCGACUCAAUAUUACACUGUGUCUGCUUGCGUUCAUCUCAUGCUGUUUAGCAGUAAAGGAGAAACUAUCAGACAAUAAAACAGACGUCUACACUGCCCAGACAAAGUAUGAUUUUCAAGACAAAUUAGCACUUGUCAAGCGUCAACACGAUAGCACUACCCGGGUAGACGCAGCAUCCUCAUCCACAGCAGCCAUUUCUACAGACCCCAUACUCGCCUUGGUCAUCUUUGUUGCGCUCAGUUCAAUUUUGUUUUAA